UCAAUUAUUUUCGUUCUAUCCGGUCAAUUCCUGGGGUUCCAGAGUCGCGCUCGUCAUAUAAUGCCACGUGAAGGCACUCGGGGAAGAUUACGAUCGCAUGAGGCCUGUCUGAAUUGCAGGAGGAAGAAGACUCGUUGUCCUGCUGAGAAGCCAGCCUGUUCAAGCUGUGUUCGCUUGAACCAGCAAUGUCUGUACACAGCCGUGCCAAGAGGCUCUCGCAGUGGCCCUUCUGCUGAUAGACUCGCUUAUUUGGAGGAAAAGGUCAAUCUUAUCUUGAACGGUGGCAGGUCACUUCCUCAGGAACCGAAUCAUAGUGGAAACAACAAUGAAGCUGCUGAUACAACGUACUCGGCAGCUUCUUGUCCAUCAUCGGCCGACUUUGGUCCCUCUCUCAAUGAUCCAUUCCUUUUGGGAAUGGGGUUCGAAGACUCGAAGAUCAACCCGUCUUCCAGAAUCUCCCAGGCAGUGGAUCUUUACUUUCAAUACUGCCACAGACAGCCAAUAUGGUGCUUUGAUCGUGAAGAAGUGAAAGACACGAGUUACAUCUCAGAAGAGCUUGUGUGUAGUAUUCUAACUCUAACCUCACGUUUUUCACAAGAGCGCGAUGAGUUACAGCAUUAUGGCGAUAGCGCUCGGACACUCGUCAUGCUCCGGAUUGCCAAUGGCACUGUAGAGCUUGAAACGAUAGAAAGCCUAUGUUUGCUCUCGUUCUCGUCUUUCCUCGAUGGAAAUGGUCAUCUGGGAAGGUUCCAUCUUAAUCUAGCUCUCCAGCUUUGUCGCUCUGCGAUGCUAGACCUCCACUCUACUUAUGGCAUUGAAUGCCCCUCCGCUGAACGGAAGAAAAGACUCUUCUGGAGUUUGCAAUGCCUGGAACAAGCAUAUGGCCAAAUCAAUGACAUUCUCAGUGUACCGUCAGAAGUCUUGCGUUCCUUUUACGUUUCAACGGGUGAUGACCGGGAGCUCUUAAAGAACCUUGACACGAGUCCACCACCAUUACCGAACGAUGACAUUGGGUGCACCAGCUCAUCCGACCUUGGAAUCUGGAAUUUGGCCUUGCAUUUUGGGUGGGUCUGGAGCAGAGUGCGAUCAUACAUUUUUGACUGCGCUCAGAGCCGCUUGAAAGAGCCAUGGAGGCAUGACUCUCUGUACGCCAUGGUACUAUCCGACCUUACGGAGCUGGAGAAUAAACUUUCACCGUGUCACCGAUAUGACUCGGUCAAGUUUUAUGAGCGCAGGGCCGAGGAGCUCAGAGCUCAUCGGGAAUACUGGGCCCCUUGGUUGAAGCUGCAGUUCACCUAUCAUUCCAUCUUGACGGUCCUCAAUCAUCCAUUCCUCUACAUUGUGGCAUCUCAAUACAACCACAACUUGACGAUCCCCAACACGUUCUGGAGGAGAUCAUCUGAGUUGGUCCUACUUCACGCUACCUGGAUUGUUCGACUUAUCGACAUGGUAUCUGAAAAGAAGAUGCGACUGAUCGACCCAUUUUUCGGACACGCUGCCGCAAUUGCCGCGACGGUCCAUCUUUACUACUGCUGUGCCUCCGAUCCAAGAUUGAAGUUCAAAUCAAAAACGGACUUUGCAAAAUGCAGAAGAUUUUUGAAAAGCUUCGUGUCCUUCUCCCCCGCCUGUGAAAAACUGAACCAAACGCUGGACAAAAUGACUCGCAUUGCGUCUGGCUCCGAGAAGGUGGACAUUGACUGGGAACCGUCAAAAAUACACCUCAGUAUUCCUCUGAUGUGGGAGCUUCUGCAAAUAAACUGCACCCCAACUUCACAAGAGACAUCCACCGCUGGCUUGCUACACCCUUCCCUCAGUCCUGCCGUAUUUCCAGAAGAAGUUGAAAACCCAUCAUCCACUCUUGAAAUCAUCGUUGCAAUGUCCCCCGACAUUACUGUCAAUACCGCUGAUGGAGGAUCCGCCGCCCAUAUGCCACCUAAUUUACCACCACGCGUCGCUACGGCACCUGCAUCGCCAGCAAGCACAACUAUGGCCGAAAGGCUCGUUGCGCCCGCCGAUAGUCUAAUGGCCAACACGCCUUGGCUUUGGACCGAGCCUUUACAGUUCAUUGAUAUGGAUAACCUUGGCUAUCCCGAGUCAGAGUCCACGAUGGGCAAUGUCGACGGAUUUUCCACUUGGUGGGAUUUUGGAAACUUAUAA